AUGACGUCCCAGGAAGGCAAUUAUGGGAAGUGGACGAUAUCCAGUAGUGAUGAAAGUGAGGAGGAGAAGCCACAGCUGGACAAGCCAUCUGCCUCUCUCCUCCCCCAUGCCAGGCAGGGGGCCACUGGGCAGCCGCAGUACACCUGCUCCGAGGCUCGGAAAGCCGCCCACAGGAGGAAGCUGGAGCCCGUGAAAUUCAGCACCACAGACUCAGUUUCAGAAGCUUCACCUUGCAAAAGACAGAAGAGCGGUUCCCAGGAGGACCUCGGCUGGUGUCUGUCCAGCAGUGAAGAUGAACUGCCUCGAGAGCUGCAGCAGGAGCAGUCGAAGGCCUCGAGGGUCAAAGAGGAGAAAGGUCCCCCUUCUCCCAGGUACCGUGCGGCUCGGGGAGCUGGGCCUCACGGCCCCCCGACCAGCCAUGGGCUCCCGGAGGAGGAAGAUGAGCAGGAAACGUCGGGGGAAGGCCAGGAUGUCUGGGACUUGCUGGAUAAAGGGAACCCCUUCCGGUUCUACCUCACGAGAGUCUCCGGGAUUAAGCCCAAGUAUAACACGGCAGCCCUCCACGUCAAGGAUAUUUUAUCUCCUCUCUUUGGGACACUUGUUUCUUCAGCUCAGUUUAACUACUGCUUUGACGUGGACUGGCUUGUAAAACAGUAUCCACCAGAGUUCAGGAAGAAACCAGUCCUCCUUGUGCAUGGCGACAAACGGGAAGCAAAGGCUCACCUCGUUGCCGAGGCAAAGCCUUACGGGAAUGUCACCCUCUGCCAGGCAAAGUUGGAUAUUGCAUUUGGAACACACCACACGAAAAUGAUGCUGCUGCUGUAUGAGGAAGGCCUCCGGGUUGUCAUACACACCUCCAACCUCAUCCGCGAGGACUGGCACCAGAAGACGCAGGGAAUAUGGUUGAGCCCCUUGUACCCACGAAUCGUCCACGGGACCCAUAGAUCCGGAGAAUCAGCCACACACUUCAAAGCUGACCUCAUCAGCUACCUGGCAGCUUAUAACGCCGCCCCUCUCAAGGAGUGGAUAGACACCAUCCAGGAGCACGACCUCUCAGAAACAAAUGUUUACCUUAUUGCCUCAACCCCAGGACGCUUUCAAGGAAAUCAGAAAGAUAAUUGGGGACAUUUCAGGCUUAGGAAGCUUCUAAAAGAGCACGCCUCACCCAUACCUAAAGCAGAGUCUUGGCCAGUCAUAGGCCAGUUCUCCAGCAUUGGCUCCAUGGGGGCAGACGAAUCAAAAUGGUUGUGUUCUGAGUUUAAAGAGAGCUUGGUGACCCUGGGCAGGGAGAGCAGGACCCUCGGAAGUGCUGUUCCUCUCCAUCUGAUCUAUCCUUCAGUGGAAAAUGUGCGGACCAGCUUAGAAGGAUAUCCAGCUGGGGGCUCUCUUCCCUAUAGCAUCCAGACGGCAGAGAAACAGAAUUGGCUUCAUUCCUAUUUUCACAAGUGGUCAGCUGACGCCUCAGGCCGCAGCAACGCCAUGCCACAUAUUAAGACGUACAUGAGAGCCUCUCCAGACUUCAGUCAGAUCGCUUGGUUCCUUGUUACAAGUGCCAACCUGUCUAAGGCCGCCUGGGGCGCACUGGAGAAGAAUGGCACCCAGCUGAUGAUCCGCUCCUAUGAGCUCGGCGUCCUCUUCCUGCCAUCAGCGUUUGGCCUGGACAGUUUCAAAGUGAAACAGAAAUUCUUCUCUGGGAGCAGCCAGGAGCCCGCAGCCUCCUUCCCUGUGCCGUACGACCUGCCUCCAGAACUGUACGGGGACAGAGAUCGACCAUGGAUUUGGAACAUCCCUUAUGUCAAAGCACCUGAUACACACGGGAACGUGUGGGUUCCCUCCUGA